AUGACAGUGCGUGACGGGCAGAGGCAGUGUUCCGGUGCUCAGUCUCAGAUCGGACUCAUGGAGGUCGCAGACAGCCCCCUGAACCUGGCGCAUCAGCAAAGCAGGAAGGCUGAGAGACUGGUGGCUGCUGGGAAAUAUGAAGAGGCCAUUCUGUGCCACAGGAAAGCAGCUGAUCUUCUGUCUGAGGCAUUGAAGAGCAGCCAUGUCGAGCAGGCUCGUCUGUCUAUGGAGCUGCAAAGAGAGGCCCAUAUAAAACAGCAGAGACUCCUCCAGGAGCGCUGGAAGAGGGAGACAAGGAGACAGGCCACUAAAGCCCGGACUAAUCCCCCGGUGUCUUCCCCCCAGCACCCAGAUCUCUCCCAGUGCCCGGGGGCAAUGACUCAAGACCGACCCAGGGAUCGGGAGUAUGACACUCUUCUGUAUCAGCUGCAAACACGGCAGAGCGGAGUCCCUCCCACAGUCCAGCCCUGUCCUGGCUCCAAGACCACAAAGGACGACAAGACACGUCUGGAGGAGCAACAGACCACCAUCAAGGACCUGCGGCGGCUGGUGGAGCACCUCAUGGAUGAGAACAUGCGUUUGACCACAGACAAUGACCGGCUGAAGAUUGAGAACGCACGCCUUCAGUCUGAGGCAGCAGACUUUGUGGAACGCUCUGAGCUGUGGGUGCUGCCGCAGCCAGGGGGCGCUAUGGGGACAGGAUUGGGACAUGAGAAGAGGGGGAAGGAGAUCGCCAUCCCCACUCUCCCUCCCCUGGAGAUGCCGGCUCAGGAGGACCUUUGUCUGGACGAUCUCCCUCCUCUGGAGCUGCCUGAAGACAUUCAGAAUGAACUGAGGGAGCUGCUGGAUGCAGAGAAGCUGUGA